AGAGGUUCAGUUUGACAGCUGCUCCGUUGCUCAGAGUUUGACACUCGUCCUAUCGGUCGCCUGGCUGCUCGUUACUCUGCUGAUACCCAGCAGCCUUUGUAUCGCUUACUACCGUUCAAAUGCGAACUACGUAUCUCUAAUUUCGCUCUACAACAAAACGGACAACUUCUGGAGCGAAACACACACUUCCUUGUAACGCUAGCGUCGGUCGUUGCACGCCUCAAUGGACACUGUUCAGAAGUUGACGUCUGGAUUUUCUCUGGACCUGGGCCCGUUGAAGGAACCUCUCGGCUUUAUCCGUGUCUUGGAAUGGGUCUUCACCAUCUUUGCCUUUGCCACCACUGGAGGUUACCACGGGACUACCCAUAUCAAGGUCAAAUGUCCAGAUGGCGAACAUAAUAUCGAGCCUACAUUUGGCUACCCGUUCAGGUUGCCAGCUAACCCGUAUCACAUAGAGUACUGUAACGGCAGCCAGGGCAACAACACCUUCCUGCAGGGGGACUUCUCCUCCUCGGCAGAGUUCUUUGUGUGCGUCGGCGUGUUCGGGUUCCUCUAUUGCACCGCCACGCUGAUCCUCUACCUGGGCUACCAGCACGUCUACCGCCAGAGCGCCCGCGGCCCCAUCGUAGACCUGGUGGUGACCGCUGCCUUUUCCUUCCUGUGGCUCGUGUCCUCCUCAGCCUGGGGCAAAGGCCUGACUGAUGUCAAAUGGGCCACGAACCCAGAAGAACUGGCUAAAAUGCCAUUGUGUGACAACUGUGAGCCGGGCGAGUUCCCAUCCAUGGGCCGCCUCAACGCCUCUGUGAUCUUUGGUUUUUUGAACUUGAUACUGUGGGCCAGCAACUGCUGGUUCAUUUUCAAGGAGACUCCUUUUCACAAGGACCCCAACCCACCGGCCACCAUGGAGGAAGGAGGGGCCCCGGGGCCCUAAACACAUCACUUAGGGUCCUCAAGCUUUGCCCUCUGCCCACAGCAAGAACCGCUCUGUGCCCAACACUGGUCUAUGACGUUAACCUGCAAAACCUGAAACAAAUGGAAGCCUAUUGUCUUUAAUCUGUACCUCCCAACACCGCUCCAGGUAUUUAGCUCACAUUAACUCGGUCCCCGCUGAUGACCGGCAAUCCUAAAUUCUCUGUUAUUCUUCUCCUGAAUCUAUCAUUGCUGACAGCAGGCGUGCAGUGCAUGUGCUCCCUCAUUAGCCCCUUAAUGAGGAAGCUGUGAUGUAAGAACAGAAAGUCUCUGCUGGUCUUCAGCUAGGGGGCGAUUUCCAAGCCAAAUGAUUUCCACAAUUUAAGUGCAAACAACCCGCACCGUGAAUAAAAUCGAAUGCAGUCCAAAUCUUUAGUUGGCACCAGAUGCACACCAGGGGUUCUCAGCAGGGGUCCUCCUGACGUUCUGUAAGCUCAGGUGGUGCGGUUCAGAUCCCAAGUACUGUAACUAAACAUUUCUGUCAAUUCAGUCUCAAUAGAUGUAUUGAAUGCUCUUUUUUUUCUCUAAGAUCUGUGCUUUUUAAUCUAAGGCCUUUUUUCUUUCCUUUCUUGAGCUCUUCCGCCAAAGCACCGGGUCAUCUAACUGGUCAAUUAACCACCACAGGAUUUCCCCAUUUGGGUUCUAAUCUACUGACACUCACACAUACUAAGUGACCCUAUGGGCGUUUAUUUCUACAAUCUUUGGUUUUAAAACACUAAUUAAAAAGGACAAACACUACAAUAUACUGGACUCCAUAUCAGAGAAAGCAGACUUUUCUUCCCAAACGGUCAUUUGGGGUGAAGCUUGUCUGUGCCAGCGUUUAUGUUCAGCCUGUUCCAGAAGCAGGCCGGUUCCCACGUUUCUGCUUCAGACACCAGAUCACGUUUAGAUCCGGUUCGAUGCAAAUGUCGACACCACGUCUUAUUCUGGUUUGACUGAAAGGUGACUGACAGUGACCUUAUUUAUAUACAAGGUAACAUGUAUUUUUUUUUAUCUACACUAAUUGGUCCGCUGCAUCUUUUAUAAACUAAUGUUGGGUUUCGGUUUAUUUCUCAAUGGAAACGUUUCAGUGUGCAGCUUCUACCUGAUUAUUCUUUUUUUUGUAAUGUCAGGUUUUCUGUUAAAUGUGUUGUAUCACUAAGUAGCCUCAUGCUGAAUUGUGUGAUGAUAAAUAGUUGAAUUAACCAAAGAUUGACUUAA